AUGCCUUCGCUCAAGGCCUUGGAGACUCGUAACCUAUAUAAUGUUGGAUGGAUCGCCGCACUUCCGCUGGAGCGUGCCGCAGCAAUGGCAAUACUCGAUGAGAAACAUGAAAAACCACUUGAUUUUGUCCAGCCUCAUAACGACACAAAUUCAUAUUCUUGGGGCUGUAUUGGUGAACACAACGUGGUUAUCGCAUCGCUUGCAGCAGGGAAAUACGGCAUGACUUCCGCGGCAGCUACUGCAUUACCUAUGCUUGCCUCCUUCCCGCAGAUUAGAAUUGGCCUUCUUGUGGGAAUCGGAGCCGGCAUUGCCAGACUUGAGAAAGGCCGCGACAUCCGCCUCGGUGAUGUUGCCGUCAGCCAACCUCAUGGAAACAGUGGUGGCGUCAUCCAGUACGAUCUAUUCAAGGCGAAGUCUGGAAAUCAGCAGAAGAAUGUAGCUUUCCUUAACAGUCCUCCGGAGGUUCUUCUUCGUGCAUUAGGGAACUUGCAGGCGCAGCAUAUACUCGAGCCACCGAAAGUGCUUGAGUAUCUCGAAGAAAUGAUGACUCGCUAUCCCAGAUUAGCCAAACAGGGUUAUGUGCACCAGGGUGUUGAAAAUGAUCGGCUAUUUAAGACCUCAGACUCUACCGAAGAAAUACAACGGGAGCCCCGUGACUCGACAGACCCCGAAAUCCACUACGGCAUCAUCGCUUCUGGUAAUACACUUUUCAAGGAUGCUACUUACAGAGACAAAAUCUUGGAGGUUAUUGGGGAUGAAUGUAUUUGCUUUGAAAUGGAAGCUGCAGGCCUGAUGAACAAUUUCCCGUGUAUUGUGAUCAGAGGAAUAUGUGAUUACGCGGACUCACACAAGAGUGACCGAUGGCAACGAUAUGCUGCUGCAACGGCGGCUGCAUAUGCAAAGGAUCUUCUUGCUUUUGUUCCUAGUCAAGACCUCCAGAAGACACAAAAAGCUAUUGAUAUUCUGGAGGACAUCUCAGAAAAAGUGGCCGAUAUCCAUUCCAUUACAACAGGCACGAGGACAGUUGUUGAAAGCUUAAGCCUAGACAAUCAAUCUGACAAGAUCAAAAAGUGGCUGUGCCCUCCCGAUUCCUCAACUAAUCUAAACGAAGCACAAAAGAAGCGCCACGAGGGAACAGGUUCCUGGUUCCUUCAGAGUGAACCAUUCAAACAAUGGAAGUCUGGAAAAUGUCAACACCUCUGGCUACACGGGAUUCCAGGGUGUGGGAAGACUGUUCUCAGCGCAACAAUUAUCGAGCAUCUCAACCAGCAACUUGAUUCAUCUAAUGCGGUCCUUGAUUUCUUCUUUGAUUUCACCGAUGCUGAUAAACAGUCACUUGACAAGCUUGUCCGCUCACUCGUUGCACAAUUGUAUUCGAGAUGUGAGAAUUCUCGAAAUGAGCUUAACAAGCUUUUUUCAUCCUGUGAGGAUGGUCGCCGGCAACCAACAUAUGAAUCCCUCUCCACUACGUUCAUGCAGAUGGCGAAAUAUGUCCAAAAGAUCCAAAUUGUCAUAGAUGCUCUGGACGAAUGCAAAACAAGGAGAGAUUUACUCUCGUGGAUGGAAAAUCUCGCACGUUCCGGACAUACAGGGUUCCACCUCCUCGCCACUAGUCGGAAAGAAGAAGAUAUCGAAUUAGAAAUAACACAGUGGCUGCAUCACGGGAAUAUUAUACCCAUUCAGCAAGAUACUGUGAACCGUGAUAUUCGCCUAUAUGUCCACCGGCGGCUUCGAAAUGAUCGUGGGUUUGAAAGGUGGCAUCCAGAACCAUCUGUGCAAGAUGAAAUCGAGGCUGAACUUAUGGAAAAUGCUGAUGGAAUGUUCAGGUGGGCUGCAUGUCAGCUUGAUAUUCUGCAAGAUUGUCUGGAUCUUCGAAUGCUUCGGAAAUCACUUAGAACUUUACCCAGGACAUUAGAGGAAACAUACGCUCGAAUCCUGGCAAGUAUUGGCGAAAAUUAUCGGCAGUAUGCAAUAAGGCUCUUGCAAUUUCUUACUUAUUCAGAACGACCAUUGACAAUCCAAGAAGCUGUCGAUGUUAUAGUAGUCGAACCCAACGGAAGUUCCUCUUUUGAUCCCAAACUACGGAUGCCGGAACCUCGAGAAAUUACGAAAAUUUGUUCCAGUCUGGUCUCUCUCGUAACGCGACAGGUUGAUGGCAAUACAGGAGAGACGUUGAUGGAGCUUCAAUUAGCACAUUUUUCGGUUCAGCAAUAUCUGAAGUCUGAAAGAAUUAAAGAAGCUUUCCCAGAGAAAAUGACCGAAGUUGGUAUGAUGUUUCAAAAGGGCAUCAACGAAUUCAGCGCAAGAGGAUCCAUUACUAAGGUUUGCCUUGCAUACUUGUCACAACUGGAUGAGCAGCGUCCAGCCAGGGAAAUCAGAGCAGAGUUUCCGCUCGCGCAGUACUCUGCACGGUAUUGGAUGUACCAUGCCGGGCCUGUCGAGGUUGAGAAGGACGUUCAAGAAAGCAUCUUGGAUUUCUUACUGCAACCGACACAAGCGUACGCAGUAUGGCGUAAGCUUUUUGACCCAGAUCGGCCUUGGGAUGAAGAAAUGCGCCAAUAUGGAAUGAUGGCAACCCCUAUAUACUACACAUCCUUAGCAGGUCUCCUACAUACGGUAGAACUGCUGCUGAAGGAAGGCGCUGAUGUCAAUGCACAGGGCGGGCAAUAUGGUAAUGCUCUCCAGGCUGCUUCUGUUAAAGGCAACAAGGAAAUUGUGCAGCUGCUGUUAAAGGCAGGAGCUGAUGUUAAUGCACCGGGCGGGCACUAUGGUAAUGCUCUCCAGGCUGCUUCUGCGGGAGGUAACAAGGAGAUUGUACAGCUGCUGUUAGAGAUAGGCGCCGAUGUUAAUGCACAGGGUGGGUUCUAUGGUAAUACUCUCCAAGCUGCUUCUGCUGGAGGCAACAAGGAGAUUGUACAGCUGCUGUUAGAGACAGGCGCUGAUGUCAAUGCACGGGGUGGGCUAUAUGGUAAUGCUCUCCGGGCUGCUUCUUUUCACAGCUACAAGGAAAUUGUGGAGCUGCUGUUAGAGACAGGCACCGAUGUUAUUGCACAGGGUGGGUCCUAUGGCGAUGCUCUCUGGGCUGCUUCUACUGGAGGCAAUAAGGAGAUUGUGCAGCUGCUGUUAGAGGCAGGCGCCGACACUAUUCCACAGGGCGGGGAAUAUAGCAAUGCUCUCUGGGCUGCUUCUGCUAGAGGCAACGAGGAGAUUGUACAGCUGCUGUUAGAGGCAGGCGCUAAUGCUGAUGUCAAUACACAGGACGGGCACUAUGGUAAUGCUCUCCAGGCUGCUUCUGCUGGAGGCAACAAGGAAAUUGUACAGCGGCUGUUAGAGACAGGCGCUGAUGUCACUGCACAGGGCGGGUUCUAUGGUAAUACUCUCCAAGCUGCUUCUGCUGGAGGCAACAAGGAGAUUGUACAGCUGCUGUUAGAGAUAGGCGCCGAUGUUAAUGCACAGGGUGGGGAAUAUGGCAAUGCUCUCCAGGCUGCUUCUGUUAAAGGCAACAAGGAAGUUGUGCAGCUGCUGCUAGAGACAGGUGCUAAUGUCAAUGCACAGGGUGGGCCCUAUUGUAAUGCUCUCCAGGCUGCUUCUGCGGGAGGCAAUAAGGAAACUGUGCAGCUGCUGCUAGAGGCAGGUGCUGAUGUCAAUGCACGGGGUGGGCCCUAUUAUAAUGCUCUUCAGGUUGCUUCUGCUGGAGGUAAUAAGGAGAUUGUGCAGCUACUGUUAGAGACAGGCGCUGAUGUCAAUGCACAGGGUGGGUUAUAUGGUAAUGCUCUCCGGGCUGCUUCUUUUCAAGGCAACAAGGAAAUUGUGCAGCUGCUGUUAGAGACGGGUGCUGAUGUCAAUGCACAAGGUGGGGUCUGUGGUAAUACCCUCCAGGAGAUCGUGCAGCUGCUGUUAGAGAGAGGCGCAGAUGUCAAGGUAAGGUGA